CUUCUCCCUUCUCCUUUCCCCUCCACUUUCUUCUUUUCCUUACCUUUCUCUCCUUUCUUCUUUCCUUCUCCAAAUUCCAACACCAUGGCCAGUGCUUAUCACUGGGAAGCCCGGAGAAGACAGAUGGCUCUAGACCGAAGGAGACACUACCAGCUUCAACAGGAAAUGAAGAACAAAAGGAUAGAGAAUGACCUGGAGGAACAAAGAUACUGCAUGGGGCUCGAACCCUAUCAGCGGUAUCACUCUCCGAGCCCUGAGCGCCAAUACGUGUAUGGCGACGUGAGCCCCGAGACCUCCCACCGGACCCCGGGGGCGUACAUCACUGGAGGAUCUCCAGAAGACUUAAGAGGCGGCUACUUGUUUCCUGAACUCCCGACCCUCGGCCACUGCAUGUGCCAAUGCCAGUGUCACUACCAAGGUCAGGGCCACCAUCAGAGCAGAAGCCACGUCCCGGACGAAGAACAGGACGAGGAGCAGGACGAAGUCCAGGACUUGGGCCAGAGCAACAGUCGGGAGCGGAACCGGGACCGGGACCGGGACCGGGACCGGGACCUAUGCCAGAGCAAGAGCCAGGUCCGGGACCGGGAACAGAGCAAGAGCCAGCGCCACACCAAGAGCCUGGUCCGGGACCGGGAACUGAGCAAGAGCCAGCGCCACACCAAGAGCCUGGUCCGGGACCGGGAACUGAGCAAGAGCCAGCGCCAGAGCAAAGACCCAGGUCAGACUGGACACCAUACUGGUCACCACCAUCACAAAAUUCAUUCCUUGGCUCACCAGCAAGCUGCUCAUCACUCCCAAGAGCCCAAACACAAUGCCCCAGAAACUCUUCGCCAUUCCAAACGUGGAAAGAGAUACACGGCUAUGGAGUAUGUCCAGCAGUGGUAGUAAAGAGAGGACCCAGCCUCAUAUUCAUCAGGAGAUGAGAAGCAAUCAGUAAUCAAUGAAGUUGGCAUCCAAAACUUUCCCUUAACAAAUCUUUUCCCCAACACUGAGGAUAACAGCACGCAUCAAUAAAGAAAUUGUUCUUGGAA